CUGAAAAUGAACCAAAAGAGCCUUUUUGUGGUCACUGGAAGAAUCCUUAUUUUCUUUGGGAUUCUAAGCUUCAUAUCUGGAAUUAUUGCCUUCUUCCCUGUUUUUUCCUAUAAACCGUGGUUUCUUGGAUGGAGUGUUCGCAUUGCUUCUCCCAUCUGGAGUGGAGCAUUGGCAGUUAUUGCAGGUGUACUUGUUGCUCUGGCUGAAAAACAAUGGACUCAGAGAUACCUGUGGGAAGCCAGUUUCACCUUCUGCAUUUUGAAUAUCAUCAGCUCUCCUAUUCAAGGUGCUAUUGCUGUUGCGUCCCUCCUUCUCGGACCUUACUGCUACUACUCCUUUGCUGGGAUUUCGGGUACAAACUACCUUGGCUAUGCAGUCCUUUCCCCGUUUCCUUACAGCAAGUUUGCUUCGGUGUGCAAGGACCCAUCGCAGUAUGAGUGGUACCAUCUGGCACUGCAGAUACUAGACUCUUGCUCAGGUCUUGCCAUGCUCUGUGCAUCCCUGGCUACGGUGGUCAAACUCACGGCAAGACUGUUCCAGUUUGGACACUUAAAUGUGAGUAUUAAUCAUUGUCAGGAAAGUAAUGAUUAA